GGCCGGGAUGCCCCGGGAUGGAAAAGAACUGUCCAUCCAGGACCGCGGAAGCAGCUGCCUCAGCUGGAGCCGAAGUCGGGACUUAGAGGAGCAGCGCCGCAGUCAUGUCUCUGCAGAAUGAUUUUCAUAAUGCAGCUGAAGAUGUAAGGAAACUAAAAACAAGGCCAAAUGAUGAAGAACUCAAAGACCUUUAUGGACUCUACAAACAAUCAAUUGUUGGAGACAUUGACAUCGAGUGUCCAGGAAUGCUCGAUUUAAAGGGCAAAGCCAAAUGGGAAGCAUGGAACCUCCAAAAAGGUCUGUCAAAAGAAGAUGCCAUGAGUGCCUAUAUUUCUAAAGCAAAAGAGCUGAUAGAAAAAUAUGGGAUCUAGAAUAAUGCUCUUUUUCAUCAUGAAACUUUCCUAGGACGUAAAAUAAACUAAUAUUUAAGGGAAAAGGUAAUAUUAUUAAUUCCACGUUUCACCUCACUCCUUAAUAUGAAUUCAAAUAGUGAACUAUAAUAUGCAGAAGAAACUUGAAUAAAUUUUUACUUUCUUUAACUCUACAGAAA